GUGUGAGGGUACGAAUAUGAUUUUUAUGAAAAAUAAACAGAAAAGUUAAACUCUAAAGGUAAACAAACCAUAGUCGAUAGUUAGUAGACGAUAGUUAGUAGUCGAAUAAAAAUAAGUCGAUAACAGAUCGCUGUUACAGCCCUUUAAAGCUGUUAAGGCAAACAAUCUGGCAACCCCAUCCAUCUGGCAAUUUUGACAACUGAAUUUCCGCUUGCUUGGCUGGUUCUUUUGCAAUCAAAACGCCAAAGUUAGAAGUUGUCUACAACCAAAAGAAAUAGUGAAUAUCGCCAACGUGGAAACUGGGAUAGUACCGAACACGGUACACCAGGAGACUGAGAUCAGAAGCCGAACGUUGGCUGUGGAUGAGCCCAGCCGUUCGCCGCUGCACGUGUGUUGUGGUUGUGGCGAAAAAGACUCCAGGAAGUGUUAGGAAACCCCCCGAUCGUUUACGUAGCGCUCGCCAAAAGCCUACGUCAAGCCACCGAUCGAGUUUCGACCCAGAGGUCUACGGCGGAGACACCGCGUGGAUCAUCGGCCAGGGAUCCAGGAAAAGCUUUCCUCGAUCAGCCCCUAAACGUGCGCGAACCCGGUCCAGACUCGAACCGCGAUCGGCGAGGUCUGUGACCGGCGACGUGUGCGUGAUUGGGGCCGCAGAAGAUCAGGAGCGGGCUGGAACCUGGCCAACCCAGGAGCGUGGAGGACAUAACCUCACUUUCCGGAGCAGAACCGCAUGUUCGUUUGAGCCGACCGCAUUUAACCUGAUGGGCUAGCCGACGAUCGCUGAGGCAGACAUCUCGUCCAUAGUGACGAUUCAACGAGAACAACAACAACCAGGAGAGAGGCGCGACAAGCUGUGCCAGGAUUAGUGUAUUAUCGAGUAGAAUUUAAUUUUCAUUAUUUUUGUUUUGUAAGUCAUUUUGGAUCGUACAUACACUAGUCGGCAUAUAUAUUUUGACAUAGCGAUGCUUCAUUUUCUUUUUCAAUUAUUUCUUUAUUUAAAGGAAAACAAUUAUUGAUUUAAUUUCAAAUAGAUAUUAGUAAUGUUUUAUUACCAAAAUAACAGUUUUAGGUUUUUUAUAAAUGUAUUUUGUAUUUAUUUUUUAAUUUAAACUAAAAUAAACUAAAUUCGAUAGGUGGCAUAAGUAUUUUGACAUAGCUUUGUUUCACAAUUAAAUAUAACAGAGUGCAACAGUGAUUCUGAACCUUUAUAGUGAAAUAGUAGGAAUUGUUUAACUGUUCGAGUAUUACACAAAACCGUGUAUAAAAAAUUGUU